GUACAAGCCAUUUCCCUCACUCCCUUUCUCUCGCUCUCUUUCUGCAGCAAGGUGCUCUCUUGUACAUUUAAUUUUUCGUUGUUUCACCAUGGACUCGUACAUACUCCAGCAUCUAUUUGUGGCAGUAGCUUUACUGCUGGCCGCUGUGUGGAUUCGAAAACUCUAUAUUCGCAGCUGCCGCAUCCAGCUAUUCGCUUACCGUCCACCGAAUGCCUCUCCCACACAGUACAAUGCCAUUCGCCACGCGCCUACUUUGUCCCUACGCCCUAUCUGUUUUUCAGUAUCUUGCAGACCAGCCUACGUGGUAAUCAAUGCACACCGUCGAGACAAGCACUCUGAUGUCAGCUAUGAACGUGAAAUCCUGACAGCUGGUGAUGGUGGCUCUGUUGCUAUUGACUGGUACCCAUCGCACAACAGCAACAAGCCCGACACUCGCCCAAUCGCUGUAGUUAUGUCAGGUGUGGGUGGCUCCAGCAAGGAAUACUAUUCACUAGCGGAUGGGAAGCUAAACUACCGUGUGGUGGUCAUGAACCACCGUGGGUGUGGUGGUGCGAGGCUCACCUCCCCAAGGCCCUACAAUGCCCAUGAGACAGCCGACAUCCGCCUCACCGUCAACCAUGAAUCCAGCAACUGUGUCUUAUCCGCGGCAGUCGGCAUCUCGUCGCCCUUUGAUAUGCCAACGACUGUGCGUGCCAUGGAGGACCGCAACUUCCUCAACGACUACGUGUUCCGCCCAGCACUUGUGGCUGGAACGAAACGGUACUUGCUAAAGAACGAGAAGCAGCGUAGCCUGUCCGAGCUCGACGAUAUUAUCACUGCCAAGGUGUUCAAUACCAAAGACAGCUGGGGGUACUAUGAGCUAGCAUCCAGCAAGCCUUAUGUCGAGCACAUCAAGAUCCCAUUCCUGGUCUUUGCUAGUCGCGACGACACGAUUAAUCCGGUCACUGGCACCCCCUUUGACUUAUUUGAGAGCAACCCAAACACGGCCUUGGUGGUGACCAACCACGGUGGGCACAUUGGGUUUUACCAGGGCCUGCGCCCACGCUCGUGGCACACUGAUCCGGUAGCUGAGUUCUUUGGUACUGUUGUCCAGCCCUCCAAGAAGCCCAAACCGCACCACAUCCUGGAUAUUGCCAAAUAAACAACAAUACUUUCAAAUAGCACUGGUAAUCAGGCUCUGGAGUAUCCACGCUAGUGUACAGGAGACCAAUCUGAAAGACGCCGGGCAAGCGACCUCAGUGACAUAGGACGCCAUGCGUGUCGCCACUCAUUGCAUAGCAAUGUCCUUCAGGCAAAUAUGCGGAAAACACAGUGGCACUGGUGGUGCUGCAACUGCGCUCAACUAUGAACGACAUGCAGCCGAGCAGUUUAAUACUGUGGCAACGCGCC